CAAAACCAAAUCGAGCGAAAUAAAAACCCUAGCAAAGCCGUUAGUAUUGUCAGGACCCACUUUCGCGGCGGCGACCACGGCUCGCUGCCGGAACCCUCGUCGCCGGCGGAUCCCGUGCGUCCGCCUCUUCCGCGACGCCGGCGAUGUUCUCCAUCGCGGCCAUCAACGAGAGCGACACCGUCGGCCAGUGGGAGCCGCUCGCGCCGACCAAGGAAGCACAGGAGUCUGCACUUUCUCACAAGUACCAUGAGGGGCUCCUCAAGUUACAAGAAAAAGACUAUGCAAAAGCUUGUGAACUUUUGGAGGAUGUUCUGAAGGAUCCACUAAUAUCUGAAAUACAGGUCGAGAACAUUGGCAGUGAUCAACAUUUGCUGCAGCUAAGGUUCUUGACACUGAAAAACCUUGCAUCUGUUUUCCUUCAACAAGGGUCAAAGUUCCAUGAUAAUGCUCUACGCUGUUACCUACAAGCUGUGGAGCUUGAUACAAAUGAUUCAGUUGUAUGGAAUCAUCUGGGAACACUGGCUUGCAAGAUGGGUUUGCUGAGCAUAUCAAGAUGGGCAUUUGAGCAAGGGCUUCUAUGCAGUCCAAACAACUGGAACUGCAUGGAGAAACUCUUGGAGGUCCUUAUAGCGAUCCGUGAUGAAGUUGCAUGCCUUUCUGUAGCAAAUCUACUACUUCGGAACUGGCCAUCACAUCAUCGUGCGUUACAUGUAAAGAAGACCAUUGAGAAUCCUGAAACAGUGCCUUUUGCACCGCGGGGUAUCGACACACUUGAACCCAAGCAUGUCAGACUUGAUUUUUCCAAUAAAAGAAAAGGUGCUGCUGAUGAAAUAAAUCAAGAAAGAAAGAAGUGUAAACACAAUGCCACAUUGCAACUCAGUGAAGCCAAAUGGACUGCCCUUUUAGAUGGCAUCAUAAGUCUUUUAACUGCAAAUAGUGGGCUUGCUUAUAUCCCGGUGGAUGUUGUCUUGUCUAUAGAUACAUCCAAACCUGUGGAACCUGCUGGUGGAAGUGGAAAUGAAUUGUACCGGGAUGGUGAAAGUUUGUCAUCUCAUGAUUGCAAAACUACAGUUAAAGAGAAGGAUGUUAACUCAGACAGAGAACAUCCUCAUGAAAGGCGAAGCAGACGCCUCGAGAGAUUGCGAAGUCGCAAAUCUGGAAAAGAUGAAGAUGAAUCCAGUGGCAAAGAUAUAUCACAUGCGAUAACUCAGUUUCUAGAUUCAUUUAUCCUGAAGCGGGUAAGUACUACAGAUAAGACUGAUCAUUCUGUAAAUGCUGAUACUUCUAAUAUGGAAACUCUCACAUAUACAUCCGACUGUGAGGCAGAUGAUGUCAAGCAUUUUCUAUUAAAGAUAUGCAAGAAUUAUGGUCCUUGCCAUAUUGGGUAUAUGCUGUUGGAGGAGAUAGCUCAUCUUAACGUACCUUUUCAAGAUUACUUUGUUAACAUCAUUGAACUAGACAAACUUACUAGAGUCUGGUCUCAAGGUAGAUCUGCACUGUGCAGUUUAUUUCUUGCUGAACUAUACCAUGAUCGAGCUAUAUGUUCUGGAAGCUCAACAACAUCCUUGGAGCUGUCUGAUUCUUCUUACCAUCUUUGUAAGAUCAUUGGGUCAGUAGCUCUGGAAUUACCAUUCAGCACAGCUGUUGAGAAAAUGAACUCCACCAGCUUCGAUUUGGAUAAGGAAAACAGUAGCGCAGAAGUAAAUUCAAGUUAUAAAUCAGAGAAAAAUGCUUCAGAUGUGUCCGAAAGCUCUGCAAAGGCUAAAGAAUCAAAUUUCAGUAACAUGCUUUGUGAUGAAACGUCUGAACACAAUUCUUCUUCUGACACUGAACGUGUGAACUGGGUUCGCUUCUUCUGGAUGAGUGGUUGUGUGUCCCUUUCAACAGACUGCAAAGAAAGGGCUUAUAAGGAGUUCAAUAUUGCUCUGUCACUCUUAACAAAUGGCAACAAAGCCAAAAGCAGUACAGAGUUUAUACUUCUACCUCACACCAAAUUUGUGAAAUUUCUGACAGCUGAUAGGAUUCUGCGUGAAAUCAACUUGAUCAAGCUUGAUUCCUUACUUUGGAAGAAUGAUGAAAAUAUCAAGAACAUAACUCAUACAGAGUUCAAGGAAUUGCUUCCUCCGCUUCUGCUUUCCACCAAUGAUGUCUAUGUUGGCAGUGCAUAUGGUUCGCUGAGCGAAAGUGAGAGAGUGAUUUCACUUGAAUUAUCUGCCUUGGAUGUCUUAAUAUCAGCAUGCGAAAAAGCUCAACCAAUGGACGUGAAGAUCUAUCUUGAUUCUCAUCGAAGGAAAAUACAUAUUCUAACUGUGGCAGCUGGCAUGGUAGGAGCUUUCGGCAUCCCCAAGGGAAAUAUUUCAAGUGAUGCGGACUUUGUGAAAGCAAUGAACAGAAAUUGGCUAGAAAAUGUUAUGGAAGCAGUCAAGGAAGUAUCUCGAAGUGUCAGUAUAGCAAAAGACAUUAUUGAUCAGUCUGAUACUUCUGAUGGGCAAGAUGGUCUGAGUUCACUAGUUUUUAUCAUCGGUGGUAUUCAAUCAUUGCUCCUCAAAAUCAUGUGCGCUGCUGUCAAGAUGAUAGUAUGGAGAAAACUCUCGUGCUCGGGAACCUCGGAUCAGGCUGACCAGUUGGACAGUUCUUGCCUUGUAGAUGCAGCUAUUGCAUUUUGCAAACUUCAGCAUCUUGAUCCUACGAUAUCUGUCAAAACUCAGGUUGACUUAAUUGUCGCUCUCCACGAUUUGCUUGCUGAGUAUGGGCUCUGCUGCGCUGGAGGGGAUGGUGAAGGGGAGGCCGGGACUUGUCUCAAGUUUGCAAUCAAACAUCUUAUGGCACUAGACGUGAAGCUAAAAUCUCAACUUAAUCAAAGUGGGAUGGAAGGAUCACUUCCAGAAAAUGGCACAACACAAGAUACUGCAACUGAUGAGCACUCUGCUGGUGACGAUAAACAUAACUCUGAGGAUGAGGAAGAAUCGGAAUUGGAGGAAAUACAAUCAAGUAUUGAUAGUGCCUUGGACCAGGCUUUUUUCUGCUUAUAUGGUUUGAAGAUAAACCCGGACUCUUGCAGUGAAGAUGAUCUAGCAGUGCAUAAAAAUACAAGUCGUGGUGACUAUCAAACAAAAGAACAAUGUGCUGAAGUGUUUCAGUAUGUCCUACCAUAUGCAAAAGAGCUCUCUAAAACUGGGUUGGUUAAACUACGGAGAGUCCUGCGCGCUAUACGUAAACACUUUCCACAACCACCUUACGACAUAUUAGUUAAUAAUCCUCUCGACAAUUUCUUGGAUGGACCUGAUUCAUGUGAAAAGACGCUCUGUGAAAUAUAUGAAUCUGAUGGAUCUAGGGAAGCAAUACUGAAUGUACUGUUCCCAGGUGAAAGGGGCUAUGAAGCAUUCAAAAAACUUUCCACUGACAGCUCUGAGUCUUACUCAGAUGUUUAUGGAAACCUGUAUCAUUACAUCGCACAAGCUGAAGAUAUAAGUGCUAGUGACAAGUACACGGGUUUUGUCUUGAAAAAGGAAGGAGGAGAAUUUGUUGAACAGAGUGCAAAUCUUUUCAAGUAUGAUCUGUUGUAUAACCCAUUGCGGUUUGAAAGCUGGCAAAAGCUUGCACAUCUAUAUGACGAGGAAGUUGACCUGUUGCUGAAUGAUGGUAGUAAACAUAUAAGCAUCUUGGAUUGGCGAACAAAUACAACUUUAACUCAAAGGGUUGAGGUGGGUCGUAGACAUAGUCGACGUUGCCUGUUGAUGAGUUUAACAUUGGCCAAAACUGUUCCAGACAAGGUUGAAAUACAUGAACUGUUAGCCCUAGUUUACUAUGACAGCCUUCAAAAUGUGGUGCCCUUUUAUGAUCAAAGAGCUACUUUACCCGUGAAGGAUUCAACAUGGGAUAUGUUCUGCCAAAAUUCUCUGAAGCACUUCGAGAAAGCUUUUGAACUCAAGGCUCAGUGGCUCCAUGCAUUUUACCUUGGAAAGCUGUGUGAAAAACUGGGGCAUUCCCCUGCUAAGGCUUUUUCAUACUACAGCAUAGCCAUCGAGUUGAAUCCAACUGCAGUUGACCCGGUUUACAGGAUGCAUGCAUCACGCAUGAAGUUACUUUAUACUCGAGGGAAACAUAAUCUUGAUGUUAUACAGGUGGUUGCUGAUUACACAUACAACCAGUCGACAAAGGAAAAGGUCUUGAGCAUGCUGGGGUCCAUAACUAACGCCAAACAUUCAUCCUCUGAACAGAACAAUAAUACUCUGGAUCGUACAGAGAAAACUGAGUUUGUUGAGCCCGGUUUACUUGAUAAAGUAUGGCGCAUCCUUUAUGAUGACUGUCUCUAUGCCCUUGGUACUUGUGUGGAAGGGGAGCUAAAGCAUUUCCACAAGGCAAGGUACAAGCUUGCACAAGGGUUGCUUAGAAGAGGUGAAGCAGGGGACUUGGAGCGGGCUAAGGAAGAACUCUCAUUUUGUUUCAAAUCCACUCGGUCUUCCUUUACAGUGAACAUGUGGGAAAUUGAUGGCGCUGUUAGAAAAGGAAGGAAAAAAAAUCCAAGUAUUGGUGCACCGAGAAAGAAUCUGGAGGUCAGUUUAUCAGAAAGUUCACGCAAAUUCAUUACAUGCAUCAGGAAGUAUAUGAUAAUGUACUUGAACCUGUUGGAGAAGAACUUGGACUUGUGGACUCUUGAGAGGGCAUACACAUAUUUGCGAACCGAUAAGAGGUUUGCUCUAUGUUUGGGUGAUAUUGUUCCUGUCGGUCUUGGGAAGUACCUUCAAGUUCUAACAGCGGCAAUCCGUGAUCCUGUGAUCCGUCUAAAUUGUGGUGAUGCUUCUGUUGAGCAACUAUAUGAGAAAAUGUUUGGCAUAUUCAUGGACCAUGCGAACUUGUGGGCCGAUAUAAGCACUAUACCAGAAGUGAACAGUCCAGACUUGUCAGAAAGCAAUCUUUACAGUUGUAUCCACCAAUAUAUCCAUUUGCUCGAGAGUGAUGUCCGAGUAGAUGUUCUUGAAGCAGUAAACGAGAAGAUAAGAAAGCGUUUCAAGACACCUAAAUUGUCAAAUAGCAACUUUGCGAAGAUUUGUAAGCAUGCUUCUCUGUCAUGGUGCCGGUGUAUACUCAUCAAACUGGCCUCAAUUACUCCACUGCCGGAAUCUGUGGACACAGCCAAGCAGCCUGUUCCAUUAUCCAGUGGCCUUGUACUGUAUGUUGAUUUGCAACCCGAUGAGCUCCUUAUCUCAUCCCCUGAUGGGCCUGCUCCAUUCAAAGGUCUUGACAUGAAUUUGUUUGAGACACUCAGCAGAAUAAAAAACAUUCCGAUCAGACAGACAUCUGAAGAUAACAUGGAGACUGCUGUUACUUUAAUGAAGAGCACCUACAACUUUUAUCGGGAGAGUUCUUGUGGAACAUUUCCCACGGGCAUUAAUCUUUACACGGUAACCUCAUCUGUUGAAGGGGUACAUCAAGCCCCCAGUAUAGUUGAUGCCCUUGACCUAAGCAUUCCAAGGAAGCUUCUUCUGUGGAUAUACACAUUGGUUCACGGUCGGUACGCCAACAUAUCCGCUGUUGUAAAGUACUGCGAUGAGAUGAAGGCAAGAAAUAAAAGAGGGACCGCAGCAGCAACAGGUUCGUCACAAGUCACUCCUCCAGCACCGCACGGCUCUGUUUCUUCUCACAUUACCUCUAAAGAAAAAAGCGCGCACACUGAGCCCAUUGAAGCUCAUGAAGCAAAUCCAUCUUCUCUAGCAGUGGCCAGUGCUCCUCUUCACCAAGAAACAGGAGGAAGCUCCUCACAGGCUGGCACCGAGGCCCCGAAUCUGAGCACUGCCGCAUCUCAGCUCUCCCGCAGCGGCUCAUCCAGGGAAAUGGAAAAUGCUCAGGAUGGUGGUGGCACAGCUUGAUUGCACAUCAUGCUUGUCUGCUGCCCACAUGAGCUCCAGCAGAAAUAUGAUUUACAACUGUAGGAAAUUUUCAAGAAAGAAGAGAGGAGAUCUAGAGUAGGUCCUUAGUCUAUCCUGGUGUGUACCGUAGUACUUUACCAAUGGGUAGAGCAGAGAAGCGUGGAGAGGUUGAGAUAAAAGGUUGUUUUUCUUAAAUUUUCCCUCUCGCUUGAAGCUGCACUCCUGAAAGAGUGGACAGGGUUUUUUUUUAAUGUUCUAUUCCGAUGUAUGUCUGGGAUACAAGAACCGGAAACAGUAAGUGCUGUUGGUAAUUCCGGAGUUGUAAAUAGGGCUUUGACAUGUUCCCGUAUGGUGUAUAAAGAAAUGGAGCCCUUUUACCA